AUGAUGGAUCCACAGUGGCAGUCAUAUCACGACCCUAACAGCUCCCUGCAACACCAGCACCAGCAGAGCCAGCGAUCCUUCGACACCAACGCCAACGUUAACCCUCUUGGCUACGCCCCGAACAACAGUCGAGAUUACCCUAGCCAAACUUUCCCGCAAGCCCAGGCGGGCCACCAGGCUCAUCAGGUUCAAGUUCCGGCCCAGCACCAGCAAUUCCCGAUUGAGCAGCAGUACCAGCAGCAGCAGCAGCAGCAGCACCAGCCCCAGCAACACCUCCACCACCAACCUGCUCCACCACUAGGAGCCGCCAGCAACAGCGCCGGCGCCUACAGCUACCCGCAGUACAAUUACACAACCACAAGUGGCGGCGGCACAACCAGCACCACCUCGUCUGCCGCCUCCUCACAACACCAGCACCCGACUCCGUCAUUGUCGUCCAACUCUUCCUCCUCCAUCACCACCAACCCCCAGAGUCGAGACGUCUCCGGCGACGUCGCCAUGCAGGACGCCAACGAUUCCCAUGCCGGCAUAAAAUACGCCAUGAGGCCUCAUCACCAGUCCCAGCUUUCUGGUUCUGGUCGUCCCGCCAAUCUCCACUCCCCGCAAGAACCCUCCUCCGCCGCCCAACGAUACUCCCCGAUGGAGGCCCUCUCGCCCACCUCACCCUAUGCGCCAAAGGGCCCCGCCAUCCAGAAUCAAUAUGGCCAGCCCAUCCAGAGACAGUCGCCUACGCGGCAGCCCGAUUAUCACUCCCAGAGCCCUUACCAUCCGAGCCGCCAGCCUCAGGUCCCGAGCGGCAUGAUGUACUCACCCCACGACAUCUCCGCGCCACGGUGUCCCCACAGUCUCGCCAUCGCCGAUGCGGCCAAGAGGCCUGUUCCUCAAUUCCGGACCGUCAGAUCGCCGGCUGACUUGCGACCUGUUGUCAAUAACCAGCCCGCCUUCCGCCGAGCGGCUCCCGAGGGUGGCUUCAUCAGUCCUCUGCAAGCACUAACGGUCCAUUUACCGGCUACUUAUCGAAUCUGCAAUCCCGGCUUCAAAUACGAAUCGUCUCGGAAUCCUCGUCGUGUUUUGACCAAACCUAGUAAAGGCGUAAAGAACGAUGGAUUCGAUAACGAGGACAGCGAUUAUAUCCUCUACGUUAACGAUAUUCUCGGAUCUGAGGAGGCUGGCCACAAGAAUCGAUAUCUCAUUCUCGACGUUCUCGGCCAGGGCACGUUUGGCCAGGUCGUGAAAUGCCAGAAUCUCAAGACACAGGAGGUGGUGGCCGUCAAGGUUAUCAAGAACCGAACUGCCUAUUUUAACCAGAGCAUGAUGGAGGUUUCCGUGCUCGACCUUCUCAACACGAAGCUCGACAAGAACGACGACCAUCACCUUCUUCGGUUAAAGGAUACGUUUAUUCACCGUCAGCACUUGUGUUUGGUAUUCGAACUGCUCAGCGUCAACCUUUACGAACUCAUCAAGCAAAACCAAUUCCGUGGUCUCAGCACGACCCUCGUCCGAGUGUUCGCCCAACAGCUUCUAAACGGACUGGUACUGCUCAAUAAGGCUCGGCUUAUCCAUUGCGAUUUGAAGCCCGAAAACAUCCUCCUCAAGAACCUCGAAAGCCCCAUCAUCAAGAUUAUCGAUUUCGGGUCUGCCUGCGAUGAACGGCAAACCGUAUACACGUAUAUCCAAUCGCGAUUCUACCGAUCGCCCGAGGUUUUGCUUGGCCUGCCAUACUCGUCCGCUAUUGACAUGUGGUCGCUCGGGUGCAUUGUCGUUGAGCUUUUCCUAGGCCUACCGCUCUUCCCUGGUUCCUCUGAGUACAACCAAGUGUCGCGAAUCGUUGAGAUGCUUGGAAACCCACCCAACUGGAUGAUUGAGAUGGGUAAACAAGGCGGUGACUUUUUGAGAAGCGCGUAG